AUGUAUGUCCUGGUUAUAUCCUGUUAUUCGGCCUUUGCCAUGAUGGGUGCGCUCGCAUGGCAGGCUAACAUCCUAAUAAAGUAUCAGUUUUUGUUUUUGAGGGGAGGUCGCACGGAGGUUUCCGGGAUCUCUCCUCUGAUAAAGUUUAGCUCGACUAUCACAAUAAGGUUUUUGGUUGGAGGACACAAUGUAAAAAUGUCAGAUGCUGUCAUUGUGGAAGCUUCUGGUGGAUUGUGGUUUUUAGCGUUUGAAGGCUGUGAUUGUUACAUGAUUUCUGCUGGAUUAAAGUUCUGUGGCUUUUUGAGUUUUAAUGCUGUUAAUACUGCAAUGGUGUGUUGGUAUCAUCUCUACUGCGAUUUGCUGGUUGUAGGCUUUCAUCUUGAUGCUGCUGUUUCCAUUUCUAAAAUUGGCUUCUGUGAUGAAAUUGUUAACCUCCUGAUGGAUGUGAUUCUGCUGUUGUUCCCCUUUUGUUGGUAAAUUGGACUUUGAAAGUGUUGUUGAUAUCGUUUUCAGUUGAGAAGUGUGCAUAUUUUUAGCCCUCCUUUUGUAUUAGAGAAAGCUAAUUUGGAUACUAAAAGCAUCUCACAUAGUAUGAAUUGUCACCCAGUUAAUUGUAUUUUCUUUGAAUGUUGGGUGUUUCCUGCAAUCCUAAAACUAUGUGCAUCGAGUCUUUAAACAAACAGUUAUGGUCUUCACUUGGGUGUAUAUUACAAAGUUGUAAAACUAAUGGGAACCAAGUUCUGUUUUAUGUGGGGCUCUUUAUGUAAUCAGUCGUCUAAAAACUUUUUUAUUAAAAAAAUGUAAAACAUCAAUUUUUAAUAGAUGGUAGUGGG